CUUCAGACAAAGUUGAAAGCUCAAGACACCUCGUGGGACGGACGGGAGCGUCGAGAGAAGGAUGAAUUGAUACAUAUCAAGCGUCCAAUUUCCUGGAAGUCGUUGAGGACCACAACAUGUUCAGUUGGACACAAUCUCCAUCACAUCAGACAACUUGAUUGUUAUGGAUCACAACGACAAAGACACCAAGACUUCAUCCGUCGACAUGGCUUCGGUCAAGGACUUGGAGUCCACCACCAGUAACCAGGUCGGUGGAGGAGUGAUGGUCGAUGUUCAAGACUCUCAACUGUUGCGCAAAGUCGACUGGCGAAUUGUGCCGAUUAUGCUGGCCUGUUAUUUCCUACAAUUCCUGGACAAAGUAUUAAUCAACUACGCCAACGUCAUGGGUCUGGCCAAGGAUCUCAACAUGACGGGCAAUGACUUCUCGUGGAUGGCGACGGCCUUCUUUAUCGGCUUCGCAGUGGCUGAAUUCCCUCAAGGCUACUUGCUACAGAGAUUCCCGCUGGCCAAAGUGCUAGGCUUGAAUGUCCUGUGCUGGGGUAUCACCAUCUGUUGCUCUGCGGCGGUGACGACGUUUGCGGGCAUGGUCGCAUUGCGCACCCUGCUCGGUUGUUUCGAAGCCUGCAUCUCCCCAGCCCUGGUCUUGUCGACGUCGCAAUGGUACACCAAACGGGAAGCCGGACCUCGAUAUGGGAUCUGGUAUUGUGGCUUGGGUGCCGGCCAAAUCAUCGGAGGGCUGAUCUCAUUUGCCGCCCAACACGGGGCGGUAGGAUCAUCCUUUGGAGGCUGGCGCAUCAUGAUGGUUGCUGUGGGUGCGUUUAACCUCUUUGUGGCCACCAUGGUCCUCUUGUUCUUGCCAGACACGGUGGACAGCGCCAAGUUCCUGUCGGCGGAAGAAAAGGCUUGCAUUCAUCAGAAACUGGCGCUGGAUCAGGGAGGCAACGGAAAAAAGGUGUUUCGAGCUGCUUCUCUAUGGGAACUUGUCGUGGAUGCCCAAGUCUGGCUGCUGUUCCUGUUGACAAUCCUUAUUGUCAUCCCCAGCGGAGUCAUCACCACCUUCUCAGCGACCUUGAUCCGAGGAUUUGGAUAUGGACCGAAACAGGCGGCGCUCCUCAACAUGCCUUCAGGGAUUGUCAGCAUCGCCAGCACCCUCAUGUGCACGUUUGCCAUUCUACGUGGAUUUCCGCGUUGGCUCAGCAUCGUUCUCCUCCUCAUCCCUACCGUGAUUGGGGCGGGACUCAUGUCGUUCAUUGACGCCGACAACCAGGCGGGCAAACUGGCGGGCAUCUACCUGAUCAACUUUAUUGUCGCACCACUGGCCAUUAUCUACACUUGGGUCGGGGCCAAUACCAUGGGCUACACCAAACGUGUUGCUACAAAUGCAUCAGUCGCCAUUGCCUUUUCCAUUGCCAACAUCAUUGGACCUCAGACGUUCCAAUCACGGGAUGCACCAGACUACAUUCCAGCCAAGAUCACCAUUUUUGCCGUAGCGGGUGGUGCCAUGGUGGUGUCGGUCUGUCUACGAUUGUUAUAUGGAGCUCGCAACAGGAUCAAUGUCCGGAACAGAGAAGCACAACUGCAAGGAUUGACGAUGGACGAGGUCAAACAGGUUGAUGAUGAGGACAAGACUGAUCGCAAGAAUCCAGCGUUUGUCUAUGUUUAUUAGGCUUGGGUUGAUGUGUAUACGAGAAGAGAAUACCUAGGGUGGCUUUUAGUUGUAUGAAUGCGAGUGUUUUUGAUGUUGCUUUGGAUGUGUAUGUAGCUACAGCUUGAAUGAGA